AUGGCAGCUGUCACACGCCAGGGAGGGGAGAGGAGGAGGAGAAGGCAGCAGAAAAAAAGGAUAUCUAUUCUCAUCCAUGGUGGCUGUGCUCCAGCCCCCUCACAGCAGUGCCAUUACCAGCCCUUGCUCGGGCUCACAGUGGGCUCCUCAUGCCCCCAUGUCCUGUUGGAGUGCCAUGGAACGUUCGCCCCUCCAUCCUUCCAGUGUUGCUGCAGUGAUGUCACAGACUGCAGGCGCCCAGCACAGGCCCCUUCCUGCCACUGCUCUAACACCAUCCGGUGCCAACGUCCUCCUGGGGACUUUGGCCAGCUUGUCCCAGGUGUCUCUGCUCUGCUGCGAGGUGACAAGCUGGUGAGCCUGGGCAAGAGCAGCUGUCCAUGUUGUCCUCCUGGCAAGAGGAUUUUAAGGAAGUUGCUCUCAUGGCUCUCAUGUGCCUCAUGCUUUGAGGCACACCAGUAUCAGCCUUCAAAUCAUUUGGACAACAUUUGGAAAUCAGGCUGGAUUCCACCCUUUCUCCAUUUCCCAUUUCCCACUCAUUUUACACGGAUUCUUCUCCGGGCAAUCUGCUUCAAAGUUGCCAGCUUCCAUGUAGCUGUCAGCAACCUGAGUGAGACUCUAAAUGUGACAGACCAAAGGCAGUUUGCCACAGGUUUUAUGAAACUUGUGAAAGCCGAGGACAACAAGUUUUGUAUUGGCAUUCUGGAAAACAUUCAGGUUUUGUCAGAGGAUAUAUAUGGGAAAAAUCUGUCAAAAUUCCCUGUUACUCACACUUUUAUGGACUGGAAUAAACUAUGGAAUGUUCAGCAUCUGAACAUCAAGGUCUCCAAUGCUGAAGUGCUUCAAUGCUUGCUGAAGUACUAUCUUUGA